GGUUUACACGAAUUAACGAUAUAUCGAAAAUCAGGGUGUGCAAAUCACGUAUUUGGAGAGUGAGAGAGGAUUAUUUCUAGAUUCUUUCAUCGACCUUUUAAUUUCAAACCAGGUGGCAACAUUGUCAAAACUGUCAAACUUCGAGUGUAAUCAGUGAUACACGAACGAUUGCCGAUUAUUAUUAUUAUUGUUUUUAAUGAAAUUGACAAUUUAAUCAUUUUCACGGAAAGAAAUCACGAGAAAAUGGAACAAAAUUUGGAGCAAAUUUUGGACGAUGUGCACAAUGUGGAUAAUGUUGAAGGCUGUAUAUUAGCUGACAAUAAUGGUCUCUGCUUAGGAGCUAAAGGUUACGCAUCAAGUGAUAGUGCAGGGCUGAUAACAGCUGUGAUGGAUUUAGUUGUGAAAUUGGAGCCCAAAUCCGAGAUACCGAUCGUGUCGCUUCAAAACGAUAACAGGCAAUGUAUUAUACAUCGUAAAGAGGCUGUAGUUGCAGCUAUAUAUAAAAAUAAAUCAAUUUGAAAUAAUUAAUGUUAUUAUGAUCUUUAAUAGAUGUUAAGAUUAUAUAUAUAAGGAUUUGUAUUUAACUACAAUUGUAAGAUUAUAGAAAAUAAAUAUUUGUACAUAUUA